AUGGAUAAGGAUCUAUUUAUAUAGAAGUAUGGAUAAAAUAAUUCAAUUAAAUAAAUAUUUCUAAGAAAAGCUUAUCAGAAUUUUUUUAUGUUAAGAUCUAGUGUUAAAUAGGAUUUAAAAAAAAAAGUGAAUAAGAGUGUUGAUCCAUCCUAAUUUUUAUCAACAAAAAUAAAAACAGAUUAAAGUAAAAGUUCUUUUGUAGAAGUGUCAAACAAUACUAAUAAAGAUAAUAUGUAUAGAAAUUAUAAAUAAUGUUAGAUCAUAGAUGACAGAGUUUCAUUAUAAUAAAUUAAGAAAUAAGUGGUUAAUGGAUGAUAAAUAAAAUGAAGCAUUUAUAUAAGUAUUGUAUAACAAACGGAAAUAAUUAGAAUUGGAAGAGAAAUAAAGAGAAUUGGAAAUCUCUAAAAUUUAAUAAGCAAUUUUAUUAAGAGAGAAUUUAGAAACUGAUAGAAAAAGAUAAUUUUAUAAAGAAGCUGAAUUAUUUCGAAAUUAAUAAAGUGAAAGAAGACAUUAAGAAUAAGAAAAACUUAAAUCAAAAGAAUAAGAAUAUUUAUUAUUAGCAAAAAGAAUGGCAUAAAAUGAUGAACUUGCUAAAUUAGAAUAAUAAAUUGUACACAGACAAAAAUGUAAAUUAUAAUUUUAAAUGUUGGAACAAUAAAGAAGAACCAAUUCAUUUUUACUAUCUUGA